ACCAGACUACUGGAAUGCUUUGCAUUUUGGUUGUUAUUAGUGAAACAAAAUAAAUCACCUGCCCGAUGGGGCAACCACAGAGCAGGCUCAAUUUGCGCACAUCCAUAAUAACUUGAACAACGCGUUAGGAGUUAACCUGUAAACCAAUAGUUAAUCUUCUCCAAGAGUGCAAAAACAACAAAGUCAAAGUAAUAAAAGAGAUAGAGGCUUCAAGGUCUGCACUAAAGCGUCACAUAACGAGCUUUGGAGCUCAUAUUCGACUUGGAAAUGGAAACCAUAUCAACAUUCGCUAAGAAACUUUGGUGUGUCAAGAAACAACUUAUUCUUUUCCUCACUCCACUUAUUCUUCUCCCGUUACUUUUUGGUCUACCGGAAAAGGUACGUGCUUAUUGGAAGAUACACAGGUAUUGUUACUGUGACCAUUUAUUCCUCUAACUCACAAGAAUAAAUAGUUUAAACUUUUAAGUUAUACCUAAACCAAAUUGCUGAACCAUAUCAAAUUGUCAUGAACUACUAACUGAAAGUCAGGUAGCCUACUUGCUAAAUACAGUAUUGCCGCAUAGCCUAAAACUGAUAUGAUCAUUAAUAUCCACACCUGCCUUUAAAUUCAAACACCCUUUAACCCCACAUCUGUUGGACUUCACUGAAAUUAGAAUCAGGAUCAUAAAACCUACAAUUCUAUCAUUUGGAUCUGUUUUAGGUUGAUAAAGUUAUUCCAGCGUAUAGGACAUGCCCCAUACACAUUACAUUUUAAUCAUUUAGCAGACACUCUUAUCCAGAGCGACUUACAGGAGCAAUUAGGGUUAAGUGCCUUGCUCAAGGGCACAUCGACAGAUUUUUCACCUAGUCGGCUCGGGGAAUUAGAACCAGCGAACCUUUCGGUUACUGGCACAACGCUCUUAACCACUAAGCUACCUGCCACUCCAUUAUAUAUCUAAAACAACAAUCCUUACAUCCAUAACUUGACUUAACUUCAUUCCCCCCUCUUAAUCAUAACCAUAGCCCAAUCUGAGCCCUAACCCAAUUUUUUAUAACUUCAAAGACUUAUUUAUUUACAAUUCCCCCCUAAUUUUGCAAAUCCAGUCACAGAAAAAAAGUACAUUCCUUGUACAUUUAUCUUUCCACAGCAUGAUACAAACAUUAAUUGAAUAGAUCACCUUUGUAAAUGCCACAGUUGGCUUUUACUCUUGAGUGUUCACCAACAUGUUUCUGUUAUGUUUUUCAGGAGGGGAAAUGUCUGUACGUGGUGCUGCUAAUGGCUGUGUUCUGGUGCACAGAGACACUUCCCUUAGCUGUCACUGCCAUGCUACCUGUUUGCCUCUUUCCAACAAUGGGAAUUCUUCCAUCCAAGAAAGUCUGCCCUCAAUACUUCCUCGAUACCAAUUUUCUCUUUCUCAGUGGUCUUGUGAUGGCAUCAGCUAUUGAGGAAUGGGGUCUGCAUCGCAGAAUAGCUCUGAAAGUUCUUAAGAUUGUUGGAGUCAAACCAGCCUGGUGAGAAGUCUAUAUCGCUAUAUACAACAGUAAUAAAUUAAUCAUAAUUGAUAUUUUGGGAUUCUUUUCCAUUAUUUAAAAUGAAUGCCCUGCAUAUGGCAAAAUAUAGGCUACAUAAUCAUAUUAUCAGAAAUAUGAAUUGUAUUGAUGUGCCUCUCUACUUACUCCUGGCCCAUGUGUCCAUCUCUUUGUGCAGGUUGAUUUUGGGAAUGAUGAUCACCUCUGCCUUCCUGUCCAUGUGGCUCAGCAACACCGCAACAACGGCCAUGAUGCUUCCCAUUGCUAACGCCAUCCUGGAGAGUCUCUUUGGAGACCUGGCCAUUCUGAAGGAGAACUGUAAGGUGAAAGACGAGACAGGGGGUGAGUUGCUGUGUAGGGUUUCUCCAACUGUCCCACAUACAUCAAGUGAAAAGAUUAAGAAUAUAAAGUAACCAAGCCAGGACAAAUUUGGUCUAUCGACACUGUAGGGUACAUAUAAUGCAAAUUGUCUGUAGUGCUUACAAAAACAAACAUACUAUACUUCCAUUUUCUAAAGCUAAGAGUGAUGUUUCCACACUAAAACUGUAAUAUGUAACUGAGGGUGUGAACCUUUUUACAACUAACUGUUCCAUCACAUUGCCUUCAGUCACGACAUGUCAAUAUUCAAAUUAUAAUUGAUUGAUUAUAUUAGCCGCCUUUCAAGUCAUACAUUAAAUAUGACAAAGGCCUACAGGCAACCUACUUAGAAAACUGUAACUCACAGGCUUUGAUGACAAAGAAAUGUUUAAAUAUCUCUGUUAUAGCUUGUCUCAUUCAUUCCAUAGCUAUGGAUACUGUAGCAUCACAGUAAUUGGUUAAUGGGAAACGUGUUGAUUCUCAGUAGAGGCAGUUACACUUAGAUGACCCCCUAAAUCGCCUUCAAAUUGGUCUUCAAUAUGGAAUAGUUAUGAUGUCUAAGCCUGUCCUUAAAAAAAUAUAUUUUGUCAUUUGUCACUGCAGAGUAAACAAUGGAGAGAAUAACUCUAACACAACCUGUUCACUUCAACAUCCAUCAGGUCAAAGACAAGUAAAGCUGCAUGCACUGCCCUCUGAAAAACAGAUAUUGUCUAUAGACGGGUAAGAAAGCAAACAUAAACAAACUUGAAGCUCUCAUGUUGUUAGAAUAGGAUUCAUUGUUAUCGUGUAGCUAUUUACUAAUGUUGGUAUAAUUAUACCUUAAGAUCUGAUCGGAUGGAGCGGUCAGAUGGGAGGACUGGAGAGGAGAUCAGGACAGAGUCCGAGUACCAGAUGAAGGUGUGGAAAGGCUUCCUGAUCUGUAUCCCGUACGCUGCCAGUAUCGGAGGGACUGCCACCCUGACAGGCACUGCACCAAACCUCAUCCUCAUUGGACAACUUAAGAGGUACCCAAGUUGAAGACUUGACUGAUCUCACUUUUUCCUACUGCAUCUGAACAUACCCUCUCAUAGACCUCACAGGCCCAUCAGAGAGAGCAAUAAAGGUCUGUAAGGUGAGGACGGUCUCUCUGAGGAGGUCUAGUAGAGGGUUUUGUACAGCGUACAAACUUUUAACCAUUAUGAAAAAAGAUGAGAUAAGUGACACAAGUACUGGGAUGUUUCAGAUGUUGUAGAACUUCAGACGUCCCACUUAAAGGCCUGGUAGGAUUUAACUGGCAAAUAGCUGCGUACGAAGAACAUGUUACAUUUAGACCAUAAAAUACGAUUUUUUUCAUGUUUGCUGUACUGUUUUUUGACAGUUAAUUCUUUGUGUUCUAGUUACUUCCCAGAGUGCGACUUGAUCAAUUUUGGCUCUUGGUUUGCAUUCGCAUUUCCUCUCAUGGUGUUUUUCCUCAUCUUGGGAUGGCUAUGGAUUUCUUUCCUCUACGGGGGCUUGAAUACACGGUAUGAUGGUGAAAUCAUAUCUAAGUGUAAUAUAAAAAUGUGACCAUAGAUGAUGACAUGUGGCAGUCUGUGGUAGAGUUAUAGGAUUCUUUACUGUACACUUUUUGAAGUAAUAUGGAAUAAUACAUUCUCCUACCUGUCAGAUAUUUCCACAUUAUUUUCAUACUGUUUGUUGUGUUCAGGUUGUGUGUGAAGAAACAGGACGAAAGAGCACAAGCAGAGGCGAAGGCUGAGGCCGUUAUUGAUGAAGACUACAGAAAACUAGGCCCCAUAAAGUAAGGACUCUAACAUAUCUCUACACUAAAUCACAGGCAACAUGCUCUAAUCUUAAAUCAUGCCCUACACCAGGGGUGGCCAAUUCUGGUUCAAAAGGGCCACAUUGUUCACAUGUUAUAGAUUGUUUAUUUGAAUCAGUGUGUUAAUGCUGGGAUGGAACAAAAGCCUGCUACAGCCCUCCAUGACUAAAGAUGACUACCCCUGUUCUAGACCCUCUGGACUAUAUGUCAGUGGUAAUGUAGAACAGACAAUAAUUUCCUAUCUUCCAUUUUAGUUUUGCAGAAGGAGCCAUUGCAUUCUUUUUCAUUUUGUUUGCCGUUCUCCUGUUCACAAGAGAUCCCAAAUUUGUAACUGGAUGGUCCACGUUUUUCAACAAAGGGUAAGAGAGACAAGCUGACAAUCCACUGCCCGUUACCUAGGAAAUGUCUGUAUAAUUCACUGGAGGCAUGAGGAAACCAGCUGCUUCAUGACUUCCUCUUCUCUGACUCUCUUCCUCCUUCAGGUAUGUUUCAGAUGCGACCACUGGAAUGAUCAUUGUGUCAAUCCUAUUCUUCUUCCCUUCCCAAAAGCCCUCUCUCAGCUGGUGGUUUGAUUCUAGAGGUCAGUACCAGAAAGGAUAUGUCCCAAAUAAUGAGAAAUACGUUUUUAGAAUAUGUAGAUGGAAAAUACCACUGCCUCAAUCAUACCGCCUUUCUGUACUGAUAUAGAGAAAACGGUAUGUUUUCAAAUCAAAAGAUUAGAUGGAGUGAAGCAGCUGUAUACAUACACUGUAGAUCAUGGUUUUUAAACUCACAUUAUUAUUCAAUCAUGCCUCGACAGACAUAAAUUACAGAAACAUUGACAACUAUAAAGGCAGAAUAUUUUUUUGGUCAUUUCAUAAAUUCAUUUCAGAAGUGCAGAACUUGUAUUGGCUCUGUUGUAUGGUACUGUAAAUAACCUGAGGAAUGUUAAUGACGUAGAUUAGUGAGUCUGAGCAGCGUCCCGUUGUGAGGUAAGACUGUCGCCCCUCUGUUCGUGCAAAUAUUAUUAAUCUAAAAAAAAUGCAUUGCCACACUUUGGCUUGCUCUGUGUUCACCCACUGGUUUAACAUAGCACACAACUUCUUAUGCAACAGAAAUACCAGGGUUUUCAUGUUCUACCCUCAUAUAUUUCCAGCAAGAUUAGAAUUUCUAUAUGUUUGGCAUUGAGCUCUUUAAUGUUCUUAUUAAAAACAAUUUUGAGUAGGUAUGUUAAGAAUUAGCCUGUAAGCUAUAAAAACAAAGAGAGUCGCACACUCCAUAUGUAUAACCUCCCAGUAAUUUAUUGGGUAAAAAACCACCAACGUUUCGGCAUCACUGUGCCUUCUUCAGACCCUGAAGUUUAUUCCCCGUUAGUCAGCACCUCUACACUGAAUAAUGUUCUCUGGGUGUGCGCCAGCUCAUGCUUUUUAUAAGAAUUAGCCUGUGAAAUUAUAGUUCCAUUUCAGUCAGUUUCACUCGGUACAACAAAAGCGCGACUCCCCAUAACGAUGUUGUACCUCGUUCCCUUCCUUCAGGGAAUAGUAGUUAUAUUCAGAACUUCAUGUUUUACAGCCCAAAAUUAUUGACACAUGAAAAAUGUCUGGCACAGUGGUACCCGAGAGAGAAACAAAACCCCAACCAGACUUAUUUUGUCCCCUAAACGUUACUUUGACCCCUAACCCCUAGCUUUAUUGCCCCUUGCAGGUUAGAUAUUCUGAUAUUUCGGUGGUUGACCUGGAUUUGUCUGGAGGGCUGAAGUUGAUUUCAUACCCUGUCAUGUUUUCCACAGCACCAAAUAAUCCAUAUGUUCCUCUCCUAUCAUGGAAGAAAACACAGGAAUGUGUCCCAUGGAAUAUAAUUCUGUUGCUGGGUGGAGGCUUUGCCAUGGCCAAGGGGUGUGAGGUAAAACCAUAGAAUUUACAUAUAGAAUCAUUAUGCUUUAUGAUCUCUAUGGGGAAACCCCUUUAAUGUUUAAUGGUGCACACCAUAGAUAUGAAAUCCCUUUAACUCACAUUCUCAUUUGUGUAACUCUACAUUCGAAUAGCUGUUUGUUUGGUGAUUUAUAUACUUUUUUGACCUAUUUCUGCUACUACUAAGACAAGGGCUGUCUUGAUGCUCUGUCCCUGUGGUGUAGGAGUCAGGACUGGCGGCGUGGAUAGGAGCCUACCUCCAGCCUAUUGCUCAGGUCCCUCCUGCUGUGGCUGUCAUGUUUAUCACAGCUUUCCUGGCCUGUUUCACAGAGUUCGCCAGCAACACCGCCACCAUUAUCAUAUUCCUGCCCGUCAUCGCUGAACUGGUGAAUUGUCAUCUAUGACAUAUGACCACAACAUUCAACAUUUAGUUAGAUGUUUCCAUUGUUAAGAAUGAAGUACCCUGUGGGUAUGAAGAGGACUAGUAGACACUCAUUUUGUAUAUUGUGUGUAGUAUUUUUGAACACCCUUGUGAACUACCAUAAAGUCUUGAACUACACUGUAUUACUAAUUAAUGGAUUAGUAUUCCCCAUGGGAAAAGAUAAUGGGGAAGUUGAUGCUCUCUACUCUCCCACAGCAAUUUACUUUUUUACUGUUUGUGAACAGAUCUGUCAGUGUAGCACCAUGGCUGUUGGGUCUGUUGGACAAAAGUAGGGAAAAAAGUAGGUUUAUUUGAACAGUGAGAGACAGAAAAACGCAUGUCAAAAAUGUUAUCAAUUGAUUUGCAUUUUAAUGGGAAAGGGAAAUAAGUAUUUGACCCCUCUGCAAAACAUGACUUAGUACUUGGUGGCAAAACCCUUGUUGGCAAUCACAGAGGUCAGACGUUUCUUGUAGUUGGCCACCAGGUUUGCACACAUCUCAGGAGGGAUUUUGUCCCACUCCUCUUUGCAGAUCUUAUCCAAGUCAUUAAGGUUUCGAGGCUGAUGUUUGCCAACUCGAACCUUCAGCUCCCUCCACAGAUUUUCUAUGGGAUUAAGGUCUGAAAACUGGCUAGGCCACUCCAGGACCUUAAUGUGCUUCUUCUUGAGCCACUCCUUUGUUGCCUUGGCCGUGUGUUUUGGGUCAUUGUCAUGCUGGAAUACCCAUCCACGACCCAUUUUCAAUGCCCUGGCUGAGGGAAGGAGGUUCUCACCCAAGAUUUGACAGUACAUGGCCCCGUCCAUCGUCCCUUUGAUGCGGUGAAGUUGUCCUGUCCCCUUAGCAGAACAACACCUCCAAAGCAUAAUGUUUCCACCUCCAUGUUUGACGUGUGGUUGGUGUUCUUGGAGUCAUAGGCAGCAUUCCUCCUCCAAACACGGCGAGUUGAGUUGAUGCCAAAGAGCUCCAUUUUGGUCUCAUCUGACCACAACACUUUCACCCAGUUCUCCUCUGAAUCAUUCAGAUGUUCAUUGGCAAACUUCAGACGGGCAUGUAUAUGUGCUUUCUUGAGCAGGGGGACCUUGCGGGCGCUGCAGGAUUUCAGUCCUUUAUGGCGUAGUGUGAUACCAAUUGUUUUCUUGGUGACUAUGGUCCCAGCUGCCUUGAGAUCAUUGACAAGAUCCUCCCGUGUAGUUCUGGGCUGAUUCCUCACCGUUCUCAUGAUCAUUGCAACUCCACAAGGUGAGAUCUUGCAUGUAGCCCCAGGCCGAGGGAGAUUGACAGUUAUUUUAUGUUUCUUCCAUUUGCGAAUAAUCGCACCAACUGUUGUCACCUUCUCACCAAGCUGCUUGGCGAUGGUCUUGUAGCCCAUUCCAGCCUUGUGUAUGUCUACAAUCUUGUCCCUGACAUCCUUGGAGAGCUCUUUGGUCUUGGCCAUGGUGGAGAGUUUGGAAUCUGAUUGAUUGAUUGCUUCUGUGGACAGGUGUAUUUUAUACAGGUAACAAACUGAGAUUAGGAGCACUCCCUUUAAGAGUGUGCUCCUAAUCUCAGCUCGUUACCUGUAUAACAGACACCUGGGAGCCAGAAAUCUUUCUGAUUGAGAGGGGGUCAAAUACUUAUUUCCCUCAUUAAAAUGCAAAUCAAUUUAUAACAUUUCUGACAUGCGUUUUUCUAGAUUUUUUUGUUGUUAUUCUGUCUCUCACUGUUCAAAUAAACCUACCAUUAAAAUUAUAGACUGAUAAUGUCUUUGUCAGUGGGCAAACGUACAAAAUCAGCAGGGGAUCAAAUUCUUUUUUUCCCCUCACUGUACAGUUAUCAGUAACCAGUUGUCUUUGGCUGGCUGUACCAAUGUCUUACAGUAUUGUUAAAUCUAAGCAAUAGUAUCACCCAUCCAGUAUCAUCCAGUAUCACCCUGACAAGUGCACCCAAGUUACUUAUCUUCAGUGACAUUUCUAAGCCAAAUACAUGACUAAGAAUGUGGAAUAUUGUUGCCAUUUAUUGAAUGCGAUAUGGAUUCACACACUCUGCUCAUUUGUGCAAAAAAACUGUUUCUAAGUAUUAAUAUUCCCUAUUAACACAAUUUUUCAGCAAAAUAAUAUCAAUGAAUGUGUUGGUCUCCUCUCUACAGGCUAUGUUUGUCAAGGUGAACCCUCUUUACUUUAUGAUACCUGCGACAACAGGAUGUUCAUUUGCCUUCAUGUUGCCAGUCUCCACCCCUCCCAACUCCAUUGCCUUUGCAUCUGGCCAUCUUUUGGUGAAAGACAUGGUAAGAUCCUUACGCCAAUAUACUGUAUGACCAUAUUUCAGACUGUUCUUAAACUUAAACAUACUGUAUCCUAGUAAAUAUAUUAUUUACAUAUCUUUGGUUUCUCUAUUUCCAGGUGAAAACAGGCUUUGUGAUGAACAUUUUGGGCAUUUUAUCAGUUUCUCUGGCCAUAAACACUUGGGGUCGUGCCAUGUUCAGUUUGGAGACUUAUCCAGACUGGGCUCGUCCAAGCAACAUGUCCAGUACUGUCACAGAUAUACAGUUCCCCUCCGUCCCACCUUUCAACCUUACUAGUUUGUGAUACACUGCAUACCGUAGAUCUGAAGCUUAUCCAAUACAAAGUAUUACACUGUAUUAUAUAGUAAAUACUUGAGCAGCAUUUCUGUAUAUGUACAAAAGUCAAUAACUAUAGACUUGUGGAGCAUUAGUUGUUACCAAGUUAUUUAGCCUAUGGUGUGAUGGCUAUACUAUGUUGCUAAUGUACUGUACACUUCUAGAUUUCCCCAUUGCCUAAUGUAUACUGUAUGAGUUUAGAUUUUUUUUGUUCAGGAUCUCCUUGUACUCUACGUCCUCUGUCAUGUAGAUUAUACUAAGUUCUAUCAGCUCAUUUUCUUGCUUGUCACAUGCCACGAACCCCUGGUCUCCCAGAUGUGUCAACUGUUUUGUCUUGGUUUGUUUUAGGUCCUUGUGCCAAGUUUCCAUUUGAAGAUCAUUUGUUUGGGCAGGGCAGGGGGCGACAGAAUGGACAGUGGUUGGUCUGUCUGUUGUUACAUUCUCUUCCACAGUUACACAACAAGUAAUGUCGGAGAUCGUUUUUGUCCAGACACCUGUGACAUCUGUGUCAUCGUUCUGUUGCUAUGCUUGCUGAAAUGACUUGCAUCUUAGGGACCUCUGCUGGUCAGUGUGCCACUUUACGAGUGUCCGUCUCAUUCCUCACUGUAACAUUCCCUAGAUAGUGUUUGUGAUGAUAAUCCUUAUUGAUUAGGGUGUUAGCAGUUUGCUUGAUGAUAAUAGACCCAAUCCAUUUCAUCACAAUGAACACUCAUCCUCCAAGUCCACCACCUACUAGUAAAUCAUACUUGAACUCGAUACUCCAUUGAUCUUUAGUUGUAUAAACUGUGACUGUCUUGACGCACAACAGGAGUUUGUGAAUUAUUCAUGAAAAAUGCUUACCUAGUCCAUGGGGUCACUGGCUGCACAUGUUUUAACACAUUGUAAGUUACACACAGAAGGUCAUUUUUACUUUUCAUCAUGUCUUUUAAAUCCAGAAAUCAUGAUUUUCUGAUCUUAUUUUAUUUUAAAUAAUCACUAGAAAUGUAGUAUGUAGGAAAUUUAAAUAACAAUUUUCUACCAUAGUUUGUAUUUAGUGUAAUACGUUUAGGUUUAUCAAUGC